CGUAUCACCGUCAGUGUCAUCCGCCCGGAUGCGGACUCUGAUAUUAUCAACCUAGAAGUCGGUGGAGACAUGGCCAUCGAGCUCCUCAAAGCCAUCAUCGAAAGCGAAACGAAUAUCCCUCCCGAAGCCCAACAACUCGUCUACAACAACCAACUCCUCCAGAACCCAGCACAAACCCUAGAACAAGUUGGCAUCGGUGAAGGUGACAUGCUAGGUGUCCACGUCACCCUCCGCGGCCCACCACAGCUGCCCCCACGUCCUAGUCCCGGCCCCGGCCCCGGCUCCAGCACCGCACCGCGCCAGAAUCAGGCGGCACCCCGACCCGGCAUGCCCGAUCCCGAGACAAUCCGACUACAUAUUUUGGGGGAUCCGCGUGUGCGUGAGGCUGUUCGUCGACAGAAUCCUGAGUUGGCUGAGGCAGCAGAUAAUGCGCAGCGGUUCCGGGAGGUCUUGGUCUCACAGCAGCAGCGGGAGGCGCGCCAGGAAGCGGAGAAAGAUGCCAGAAUCGCCAUGUUGAACUCUGAUCCGUUUAACCCGGAUAAUCAACGUGAGAUCGAGGAGAUUAUUCGACAGAAUGCUGUGACGGAGAACCUACACAAUGCUAUGGAGCAUCAUCCAGAGUCUUUCGGUCGCGUCACAAUGCUUUACAUCCCCGUCGAAGUCAACGGUCAUCGUCUCAACGCCUUUGUCGACUCCGGUGCCCAGGUAACCAUCAUGUCGCCCGAAUGCGCAACAGCCUGCAACAUCAUGCGAUUAGUCGAUCGACGUUACGGAGGUAUCGCCAAGGGUGUGGGUACUGCCCCGAUCCUCGGACGCGUGCACUCAGCUCAGAUCAAGAUCGGAGACAUGUUCCUCCCCUGCUCCUUCACCGUGAUGGAAGGCAAACAGAUCGACCUACUCCUGGGUCUGGACAUGCUUCGCCGACACCAGGCGUGCAUUGAUCUUCAGCGCGGGGCCCUGGUCAUUCAAGACCAAGCGGUCCCUUUCCUCGGUGAAGCGGAUAUUCCGAAGCAUUUGACCGAGGAGUUUGAGGAUGAGCCUACCGUGAAGGGAUCGGAUGGGGCAGAGGUGGGUGCUCGCACGGGAGCGGUGACGCACCAGGCGAGCCGACCGGGUGAUGCCACCUCUGGACCUGGCUCUGGUGUUGGCUCCGGCUCCGGCCCCGGCGCUACUAGUGGCUCCAGUGCAUCUGCACCUGUGGCACCGGUCCGACCUCCGAGAUCGCGGUGGCCUCAGGAUUCGAUUGCCAAGAUCACGGAGCUAGGAUUCACGCGAAUGGAGGCGGAGCGGGCGUUGGAAUUUGCAAACGGUGACUUGGACGGGGCGAUUGGAUUCUUGAUCUAG